AUGGGCUUCUGGACAAAGCUUCCAGUAUUGGGGGUGCCAUUGUUCCUUGUGCUCGGCCUUGUUCCCGCUACUGAGACGGAAAGACCCUCCACCCAGGAUAGCGGCGGCACCUGGAGCCCCGGCCACCUGAUGGAAGUACUACGAGCUCUGUCUGCUGGUGACCCCCCACCCGUGAACCAUUCGCGAAGCCUCAUCGAAACAUUGCUGGAGAAAACUGGCUGCCCACGGAGGACAAACAGAAUGCAAGGAGGCUGCAGUCUGUGCUUUGAACCAGAUGCCCUGUUACUAAUAGCUGGAGGAGAUUUUGAGGAGCAGCUCCGAGAGGAAGUGGUCCAGAGGGUUUCUCUUCUCCUCCUCUAUUACAUUAUUCAUCAGGAAGAGAUCUGUUCUUCUAAGCUCAACAUGAGUAAUAAAGAGUAUAAAUUUUACCUACACAGCCUCCUCAGCCUCAGGCAGGACGAAAACUCCUAUUUCCUUUCACAGAACGAGACAGAAGACAUCUUGACACUCACCAGGCUGUACUUUGACACUUCUAGAAGCCAGUGUAUGGGAACCAAAAUGCUGCAGGAAAAAUCUGGAAUAGUGAGCAGUGACGGUGCUGAUGAAAAUACACUUCCUCAGCUGGCGGCGACAAUCAUCGCUUUGUCCCUCCAAGGUGUUUGUCUGGGGCAAAGGAACUUGCCUUCCCCAGACUAUUUUACGGAAUAUAUUUUCAGUUUUUUGAAUAGUUCAAAUACUCUCCACCUCUCGGAACUAGACCAACUCCUCAACAUUCUCUGGACCAAAAGUACCUGUAUCAGAAAAGAUAAAGUCCAUCAACUUCAAAGGAAACAAAACGACCUAUCAAUCUAUGAUUGGGGCUACCCUAAUCUAUCUGUAUCCACAGGCCAAGAGUCAGAUGAUGGUUCAGCUUCCUGGGAUGAGUCUUGCUUCUCUGCGGGGCAGCUGGUGGAGAUAUUUCUACAGAACAGCCUUUCACCCAUUUCCAAGGAAGACUUCAAACGAAUGAGUCCCGGAAUCGUCCAGCAAUUACUCAGCUGCUCUUGUCAGCUGCCUGAGGACCAACAAGCAAAGCUGCUACCAACCACUCUGGAGAAAUAUGGCUACAGCACGGCGGCCGUGGCCUUGCUCACACUGGGCUCCAUGCUCGGGACGACGCUGAUUCUGUUCCACAGCUGUGAGGAGAACUACAAGCUGAUUUUACAGCUCUUUGUGGGGCUGGCCGUCGGGACACUUUCUGGGGAUGCUCUGCUCCACCUUAUCCCUCAGGUCCUUGGUUUACAUAAGCAGGAAGGCUCAGAGUUUGGACAUUUCCAUGAAAGCAAAGGCCAUAUUUGGAAACUGUUAGGAUUAAUUGCAGGCAUCCAUGGAUUUUUCUUGAUAGAAAAAUGCUUUAUUCUUCUGGUAUCACCAAAUACUGAGCAGGGCGUGUCCUUAAUUAAUGGGCAUGUGGGCCAUUCCCACCAUCUUGCACUCAACUCUGAAUUAAGUGACCAGUCAGGCAGAGGCAAAUCUGCUUCAACUAUCCAGUUGAAAGGCCCAGAAGAUUCACAGGCAGCUGAAAUUCCUGUAGGCAGUAUGACAGCCUCCGAAAGAAAAUGCAAAACCAUUAGCUUGUUAGCAAUAAUGAUACUGGUUGGGGACAGCCUGCAUAAUUUUGCAGACGGCCUCGUGAUAGGAGCGGCCUUCUCAUCUUCAUCCGAGUCAGGAGCAACCACCACACUUGCAAUCUUGUGUCACGAAAUUCCACAUGAAAUGGGAGAUUUUGCCGUGCUCUUAAGCUCUGGACUUCCUAUUAAGAUUGCCAUCCUUAUGAAUUUUAUAAGUGCUCUCACUGCCUUCAUAGGACUAUACGUUGGCCUCUCAGUAUCAACUGAUCCGUGUGUUCAAAACUGGAUCUUAACAGUUACUGCGGGAAUGUUCUUAUACUUAUCCUUGGUGGAAAUGCUUCCUGAAAUGACUCAUGUUCAAACACGGCGACCCUGGUUGAUGUUUCUCCUGCAGAACUUUGGAUUGACCCUAGGUUGGCUUUCUCUCUUACUGUUGGCUAUAUAUGAACAAAAUAUUAAAAUAUAA